AUGCGAAAAAAAGGAAAAAAAACGGUGAAAAAUGAGUCCAAAAUGAGUAUUUUAGGCCCAGUAGAUAUAGAAACUAAACAACGUGGAGUAUUUCCGGAAUUAAUGGAGUUAAAUGAGUCAUCAGAAAGUGAAGAUUCACUUCCUCUUGAUGGAGUUUCAUAUUUGAAAAAAGUGCGUAUAGAGGCGAAGAACAGGCCGGUUAUUAAGGCAGUAGAAGCGCCAUCAAAUGGUACAGGGAGGAUACAAGUAUCAGAGCCGAAAAUAAGUAAUAAAACAGAUGAAAUAUAUUCAAGUAUAUGGGAGGAAAAGUUUUUAGAAAAGUUUAUAAAGUUACGGAAAAAAUUUGAUUUACAAGAAAAUCUAGAAAUGAAGUCAUUACCAGAGGAUAAAAUAGAAUGGCGCCGAUUAAUUAUGGAGGAAAUGAAGCCACCAACAAUAUUAAUUCUUAAAUCUAUUAACCAGUGUAUUGCUUUAAAUUUAUUAAAAUGGAAUACGGAAUGGAUUUCAAGUAAUAGUCAUGAACAACAAAUAAUGUGGAUAUUUUAUCUUCUUGUAAAAAUAGAUAAGGUUAUGACAUCAGAAGAAUUAAGUAUUUUAAGAGAACUUUGUAAAAAAUGUUUAUUUAUUAGAAAUACGAAGAAAAAUUUACCUUUAUACAUUCAAUCCAAUAUAGAUAUGGUGAUUUCGAUAGUUGGAAAUAUAUUUGGUCAAAAAGACUUACUUUUAAGUAAACUUUAA